AUGAUGGGUCAUUCCCGUAUAAAACAAAGUACGAGCAGCGGCACCGGGUGUCCUUAACAGACUGUUUCACAGAGGCGGACCUCAAAAGCUUAUCGGAGCUGAAUCCACCCGCUCUGAUGCAGAAUGGGAAUGUGGGCACACCGACGAAAGUGUUCCUACAGCUCAUCCAGUCCUGCCGACUGCCUCCGCGCCUCAUCCGGAAGUUGGGCCUCACUUUCCCCAAGACCAGCACCAAUCGGCGCUACGGGAAUGUAUAUUUUCAGUAUCGGGACAGUUGGACGCUUCCAGCCACAGAGGAGACAGUAUUAACAGCUGCUGGACAUGAAAUAUCAGGACCAGGCACUUUGUCUGCUCCGCCUGCAAGACGGAGGCAGCCGGCAGAUCACACAGAAACAACAGACACUGAUGAGCCACAGCAGGAACAGCAGGAGGAUGAACAGUCAAAUGCCGAUGAUGAUGAUGACUGGUGUGAGGAGUGGGAGCGCCAUGAGGCUUUGCAUGAGGAUGUAACGAGCCAGGAGCGAAGCAAAGAGAGGCUGUUUGAAGAGGAGAUUGAGCUGAAGUGGGAGAAGGGCGGCUCGGGCCUUGUGUUCUACACUGAUGCCCAGUACUGGCAUGAGGAAGAAGGAGAUUUUGAUGAACAAACAGCAGAUGACUGGGAUGUCGACAUGAGUGUUUACUAUGAUAAAGAUGGAGGGGACAUGGAUGCCCGCGACUAUGUCCGAAUGCGGUAUGAAAAAAGGCUGAGGGAGGGUCUUGAAGAUAGAUCUGGACACAGUCAGUCUAUUGGCAGCUUUGAGAAGUUCACUAAGGGCUUUGGUCGUCGUUUGAUGGAAAAGCAGGGCUGGAAGGAUGGUGAAGGGUUGGGAAACAGUCAGGUUGGGAUUCCUGACGCUCUUGAGAAUGAGGGCCAACAUCCCAAUUGCAAAAGAGGCUUUGGGUAUCAUGGAGAGAAAUUACUUUUACAUUCUGGAAAAAAGGCCAAAAAAGAUUUUCAUAUAACUACAGUGUACGAUAAACCCAAAGACAUAGACGGAGGUGACACGUUGCUGAGACGUCAACCAAACACAAGUAUGAAGUACAGAGGCUGGCAGCCAGGUGGCAGCAUUGGACCACGAAGAUGACUUUAAUUAAAUUAUUAUUGUUUUAUAAAAAAAAAAAUUGUAUUCACCUUUUUAUUUGACUUUUCCAUUAAAACAAAAUUUCAAACCUU